UAUGGCGCGGCCUACCCUGUUUAUCAUUUAACUUUGACCUCCAGCAUAAGCAAUGUCUUUCCGAAGAUUAACCGGACUCGAAGAACAGACCGGUGCAGCCGCUACAUAAAUCCUCACUUGUUACUGAUUCCAACAGGUGGUGGUAGAGAUGUGGGUUUUCAGCCCAUGGUGGAAGUGGUGUGAAAUAUUAACGCAUGCGCAUACAACUUGUGUUAUUGAUCUAUAUGAUGUGUAGAUGGAGGAACCCAGAGAGGGUGCAGUCCUCAUCACAUCCAGCGAGUAUGAACGAGCCUGCCUCCCCUGCUGUCCAAAACGGUAGUAGAAGUUACACAUCUGCUUAGCCAUCUCGCCUGUCAACCCUGCAAGUAAGAAUGCAGGAGGACCCCUGGCAUUGCAGCCAGAAAAAUAAAAGUUGUAGCAGUGGCAUCAGUAGUUCGGUUAAUUUUCAUGAAGAUUCUAAUGUUCCUUGGUGGAAUGGAAACAACGACGGCGUUGAAGCCCGCAGUUUGGAGGACUCCGGCCAGAAUGUCCGUGUUGUGGUGGCGGUGUACUGUGUCCUCUUUAGUGUGGCUGCUGUUGGUAAUUUGUCUGUGUUCAUUACUCUGUUACGGGCGAGACACCGCAAGUCAAGGAUCAGCCUGCUUAUGUCACACCUGGCUGCAGCAGAUCUGAUUGUGACGUUUGUGAUGAUACCUCUUGAAGUUGCAUGGCGUGUGACAACAAAGUGGCUGGCCGGAAACUUCGCAUGUAAGCUCUUCCUUUUCCUAAGAGCAUUCGGAUUAUAUCUAUCAUCGAACGUUUUAGUGUGCAUAUCUCUAGACAGAUACUUUGCUAUCAUUUAUCCGCUCAAAUUAAGUGAUGCAAGAAGAAGAGGAAAGUUGAUGCUGUUGUUUGCCUGGCUCAAUUCCUUGAUGUGUGCAUAUCCUCAGAGCGUGGUGUUCCACGUGAUAGAACAUCCAGAGAUUCCCAACUUCUACCAGUGCGUCACGUUCGGUUUCUUCGAGACACCCCGCCAGGAGAUGGUGUACAACGUUUUCUGCGUGGUGGCCAUGUACUUCCUACCUCUGCUGUUCAUCAGCUUCGCCUACACCCGCAUCUUGUGUGUCGUCGCCAGCAGAUCCAGUGGAACAAGAGGAAAACAGCAGGAUCCAGGAGAACGGGUCAGCGGAAGAUUGGGUCUGCGCAGAAGUGACAUGAGCAACGUUGAGCGUGCGCGUGCGCGAACAUUACGCAUGACCAUCACCAUUGUAGUUGCCUUUAUAUUUUGCUGGACACCGUACGCUGUGAUGACGCUGUGGUACAUGUUUGACAGAGACAGCGCCGAGCAAGUGGAUUCCAGGCUCCAGGACGCACUGUUCAUUAUGGCUGUAUCCAACUCGUGCAUGAACCCGCUAGUGUAUGGUUCAUACACCACCAACUUCCGGCGCAGAUGUAAGCGCUGUUUCGAAAGAAUUUUCGGUGAAUCCCGCCGUUGCCGUUCUCCUGAAAUCUCCACACAAGUCUGGACAGAUCACUUCACUCAGGUCUGCAGCAGCGUAGUAGACCAAGAACCGCCUACUAGUGCACAGCGACACUCAGAAACUGGCCAAAUGGUACAAACUGACAGCCAUUCAAAUUCUCUAAACUAGAGAAAACUGUCCUCUACACAGAUACAUUAAACAAUCUUGUCACAAAGUUGAUUUAAAUUUCAUGUCACUGGAUGUGAUUCUGACCUCCAUUAUUCUACGGCCUUGUGCCGGUUCAGAUGUCACUAACUUGGGUGUGACACCAUACUGUCUGGUCAGGCCUAUGGCAUAUCCCAAGGAUAUACUGUGUAUUAUCUGGGAUGAUGCUCAAUGACAGAACUGAAAGUACUCCAAUUAAACAACCCACAGAGCCACUUCAUUCACUAUAAAUAGGAAACACUGAACUUGACAGUUAAAAAGACAGACAGAAACAAAGAUUAAAUGACAGAUGGGUGACAGUAAUCACUGAUUACUGCUUACAUGUAUUUCAUCAUAUAAUGUAAGUUCUCACAGAGCUCCCAUGAUAAUCCCUGAUUGUUGGGACACAAGCAUCCUUAGAUUGUUAAAAACCCUUGUUAAACAACUUUUAACAGUGACUCUGAGACAUAACCUAUGCAAAUACUAACCUACAUUAACUGUAGAUAUGUGCAAAGUGUACCAUGAAUGUGGAUUAAUAAAUCUGUUGUGUAGUA